CAGUGCUGCUGUGGUAUACAGACUGGGUUGCUGCUGCUCUGGCAGAGAAAUUUGUCUGUGUCACAUCUCAUCAAAUUUUCUAUGUCAAGCCACAUCAUGUUAGAAAAAUCCAUUCUGCUGUUGUCUCUUCAGAUAAGUCUCCUAGGAGUCACUCUUGGUGGGAAUGUUCUGAUUUGGCCAAUGGAAGGUAGUCAUUGGCUAAAUGUUAAGAUAAUUAUAGAUGAGCUGAUUAACAAACAGCAUAAUGUGACUGUCCUAGUUGCUUCUGGUGCACUCUACAUCAAGCCCACCUCUAACCCAUCUCUGACAUAUGAAAUAUAUAAGGUGCCCUUUGAGAAAGAAAAAGUGGAAGAAACGAUCAAGAAGUUUAUUUUGACAUGGAUGGGAAAUAAACCAACUCCUUCAACCAUUUGGAGAUUCUAUCAGGAGAUUGGCAUAGCCGUCGAGGACUUCCACAUGCUGAGUAGAGAAAUCUGUGAUGGUGUUCUCAAAAACCAAAAGCUGCUGGAAAAGCUGAAGAAAAGCAAAUUUGACGUCCUGGUAUCAGAUCCAGUAUUUCCUUGUGGUGAUAUAGUAGCUUUAAAACUUGGAAUUCCAUUUAUGUACUCCUUAAGGUUUUCUCCAGCAUCAACAGUGGAAAAACACUGUGGGAAGAUACCAUACCCUCCUUCCUAUGUUCCUGCUGUUUUAUCAGAACUCACCGACCAGAUGUCUUUUACUGACAGAAUAAGAAAUUUCAUCUCCUACCAUCUACAGGACUACAUGUUUGAUACUCUUUGGAAAUCGUGGGAUUCCUACUAUAGUGAAGCUUUGGGUAAGUAA